AUGACGCCUGUGACGCGCGAUGCAUCAGAGCGCAGCAGCGCGGGGAGCAGCCGCCGACCGAUGUUACUAAUAGGUGACGAGGCGCUGUCACCGGCGCUGCCUGAUCUGGCAGCCAGGGCCGGCAGGCCGUCGCCUGAUCUGGCGGCGCGCGGCAGCCGCGAUUUUGACGAUUCUCCGGUUGCUCACUCCGCCAGCAACGGCGGCAGCGCGCAGCAGGGGUCGCGGCGAUGGCUGUCCGACCACCGCAACCCCAUCUAUGGCCAGCUGGGGAUCAACACGCCCUACAAGUCAGGGGCGGACUACUGGAGGGAGGGAACAGCGGAGCCGAACGGCGGCGGCGCUGACUCAGCGGCCGGGGGCAGGACCUCCCUGCCUCCGGUGGGGGACCUGUUUGACUUCCAGGCUGCCAGGGCCGCCGCCAGAUCUGAGGCUGCCAGUGCAGACAGCACCCUGCCCCCCAUGCCUGCUUGGCUGCAGGAGAGGCCCUUCCUGACUGGGGAGUUCCUCAUGCAGGCAUGCCUCUUCCACCGAAACCAGGAGACACCUAGUGCUGAGGCGCCACGGGUGGAUGUUGAGGACACGCAGCCCCUCAGCACAUACCCGCGCGCAGUGCAGGAACAUAUAUUGAUGGACGACCUGCUCAAUGCGUUCAUGGGGGUGGAUGGCAAAUAUGCCCGCGCCAGGAGGGUGGAUCAGGCGGAUGGGGCGCAUAUCAGCUAUGCGCUGGAGGCCCGGGCGGAUCCCUCCCUGCAGGAGCUCGCCACGCGCAUGCUGCCCAUCUGUGACUCGGUGGUGAUAAUGGAUCGGUGGGCAACCGUGGCGAUGGAGUAUUCGCGCGGUCGGGUGUGCCAUGCGGUGGCUGGCGCGAUGCGGGUGCUGCUGCAGGACUGGCACCUCAUGGCGAUGUGGUACUAUGUGCAGCCGCCGCUGGCGUCGCUGGGCCUGGCAGCUUCCGUGGCGUCGGAGGCAGCUGCUAGGAAGCUGCGCGGCGCAUCCCUGCUCAACCUGCUCCACUCCCGCUACGCAGCCGUCGCCGGUGACACGGCUGCGAGGGGCCUGCUGGGGAAGCUGCUGCAGGCGGGCUGCGCGCCGUACUUCAAGAUGCUGGAGCGCUGGCUGUGCGAGGGCGUCCUCGACGACCCUUUCGCCGAAUUCAUGGUCCAGGAGAACCCGGAAAUCGGCCGCGAUAGCAUCAACGCAAAGGGGCAGUCGGCUUUCUGGCACGACCGCUACACGCUGCGACAGGCUGCGCGCGACGGCGCGGCCGCGGCGCCGGUGGCCGAUGAAUUCGGCGGCAGCUACCCGGCAGCUUCCCGGCCCCGGGAGGGAACUGCGGCACCGCUGGACGUGCCAAUCUUCCUGGACGCCCUUAAGGACACCAUCCUGACAACCGGCAAGCACUGGAACGCCAUCAAGGAGUGCAAUCGGCCCAUCGUCCGGCCGCUGCCACCCGAUGUCCACAUAGAGUACUCUGCGGAUGGCGGCUACGCGCAGCACAUUCACACGGCGGUCUCCGCGGCCUCCAAGGCACUGCUGGACACUGUCACACAGGCCGGCUUGCGCCAGACGCUGGCGGCCCUGAAGAGCUACUUCCUGCUGGCGCGCGGCGACCUCUUCACCGUCUUUGUAGACAUCGCCGAGAUGGAGCUGUCCAAGAACGCCGGCGACGUCAUCCUCACGCGCCUACAGUCCCUGCUCGAGCUUGCGGUGCGGUCUUCAUCGGCGGGAGGGGACCCCCAUGCGGAGAAGCUGACUGUGUCGCUGGAUCCGCGCUCGCUACUGGCUUUCCUGCAGCACGUUCUGGCUGCCUCCACUGGCCCCGCCCUGGCCACCAAACGGGUGGCUGGGCGGUCCACGCUGCUGGCAGAGAAGAAUGCGCUGAAGCAGCGGGGCGGCCGCGAGUGCUUCCUGCUCUCCAUGAAGGUGGAGUGGCCGGUGGCGGUGGUGGUGAGUGCUGCGAGCGUCCAGAUGUACCAGGCCCAGUUCCGGCACCUGUUUGAGCUGGAGCUGUGCGAGCGCUCCCUGCAGAACAUCUGGCGCAUCUACCAGUCCACCCGCCCCCUCUUCAGGCGGCCUGAGAAGACGCUGAUGACGGCGUACGGGCUGUGCCAGCAGAUGAUGCAUGUGUUCCACCAGCUGCGCCUCUACGUCACCUUUGAGGUCAUGGAGCCUGCCUGGAUUGGCAUGCAGACAGCCCUCGACAAGGCUCACACACUCGACCAGGCGUUGGCGGCGCACGAUGACUUCCUGAGGCGGGUGAUGAAGGGGACGCUGCUGUCGCGCAAGGUCAAGGUUCUGCAGAGGCUCUCCGACCUCAAGGGCAUCGUGCACAGGCGCGCUGGCCCAUCUCUCACAAACCCCGUUUGCAAAGAGCUUCUUACAGGUUGCUUGCGAGGGAGCCCGGUCCUUGCUCGUGUUAUUGCAAGCGCAGUUUGCGGGGUAAAGCCCCGCUGUGGAACAGCCCGGUUCUUGGAUAAUGCCAAGAAGCUGCAGCUGCUCCUGGACAAUAUCCAGGCCCCAACAGAGGACCUUGUAACAGGCCAGGCUCUGUCUGACCGCGAGCGGCGGCUGCUGCACGCUGCCGAGCUGACAGCAGCAGCGGAGGCGUAUGUAAUUACCGACAACUUCAAGUGCAGCGUGGAGGAAUUCCAGAGCGACUUCCUGCAGAGGUUCAAGGAGUUCCACGAAGGGCUCGAGGAGAUCCACAGGAAUGCAGUGGGGUCUAUUGGGGAGACCAGGGAGGAGCUGGAUGGCCUGCUGAACCUCAUAGCCCGCCUGGACUACAACAACUUCCUCUCUGGGGAGCCGGACUACCAUGCACUACUCAAGCACCCCCUGAUCAGCAGCUACGGCAAGUGAUGAGAAAAUUGGACUUGAGUGCUGCGCUUGCAGACUCGUCCAAAAAUGUGUCUAUUCUUGAAAUUGGAUUGUAUGUUCCAGAUGACAUGACAGAGAGUCCACAGCAGCUAUGCAGCACUGCAGGAUCCUUGCUGAAAUGCCUGUGUGAGCAACCAAGCCAUCGUUGAGAGUUUCAUUAGAGUGCAAUAUGAUGUGUUACGAUUUAAGACCGGGUUGUUACUACAAAGUGUCCCUGUCCCUGAUGCAGCUGCAUGAUACUGAUGACUGGUCUGUCCUGCUGCAACCACUGGGGCUUCAGUACAUGUGCCGCAAAUUUAUUACCGUCCCAAUGUAAUGUUGGCAACUUUCAGAAA